UUUGGUUGACGACUUUAGUGACUUUAUCCGUCCCCACUUUUGGUUCUUGUUGCGCAUGCGAGUGGCACCCUAACCUCUAAAACCUUUGAUCUAAAAUUAUCAAAUAUUAUUAAGUAACACGUGAUUUAACUACAAUAAUGUCGUUACUUGCGCGCAAUAUUUCCAAAAUCUUAGUCCAGGCCACCCAAACCGCCACUGUCCGGAGCCUCCAUUCAUCAUUGCCUUCACUCAGUGAAUCCGGCAUUUCUGAGCGCCCCAGUACCCGUAUCACCUGCACUCUCAUCCCCGGUGAUGGAGUGGGCCCCGAACUUGUCUAUUCCGUCCAGGAAGUAUUCAAGGCAGCCUCAAUUCCUGUCGACUUUGAGUCAUACUUCUUCUCUGAGGUUAACCCGACAUUGAGUGCCCCCUUAGAUGACGUCGCGAAGUCAAUAUCAAAAAACCGUGUUUGCCUCAAAGGCAUUCUUGCUACGCCUGAUUACAGCCACACGGGGGAGCUUCAAACCUUAAACAUGAAACUGCGAAAUACUCUUGACUUGUAUGCCAACGUGGUGCACGUCAAGUCGCUUCCGGGAGUAAAGAGAAGACAUGAGGACAUUGAUUGUGUGAUUAUCCGAGAACAGACGGAAGGAGAAUAUUCCGCUUUAGAGCACGAGAGUGUUAAAGGAGUCGUCGAGUGUCUCAAAAUUGUAACAGCGAAAAAGUCUCAAAGAAUCGCGAAAUUCGCUUUUGAUUACGCAACCAAAAAUAACAGGAAAAAGGUCACGGCGGUUCACAAAGCCAAUAUUAUGAAGUUAGGAGAUGGUCUCUUCUUGAGGAGUUGCGAAGAGAUGGCAAAAUUGUACCCAAGAAUCGAAUUUGAGAGAAUGAUUGUUGAUAAUUGUACCAUGCAGAUGGUAUCAAAGCCCCAACAGUUUGAUGUGAUGGUGACCCCGAAUUUGUAUGGGAAUAUUGUGGAUAAUUUAGCGUCGGGGCUUGUUGGGGGCGCUGGAGUCGUUGCGGGGGCGUCGUACUCUGCAAAUUGUGUCGUAUUUGAACCGGGGGCGCGUCACACGUAUUCUGAAGCCGUUGGCAAGAACGUUGCAAACCCAACAGCGAUGCUCUUGUGUGCGGCGAAGCUCUUGAGGCAUGUGAAUUUGCCUCAGUAUGGGGAUAUGAUCCGAAACGCGAUAGAACAAGUUCUCAAAGAUGGUAAGGUUCGAACUAAAGACAUCGGGGGGCAAUCUAGCACUCAGGAAUUCACGUAUGCUGUCAUCAAUAAUCUUAAAAUGCCUUCUAAAGUGUAAAUGUGUAUUUAAAUUUUAUAUUGAUAAUAAUUUAUUUGGCAUACUAAUAAGUGUGUAUAUUGUAAAUAAAUAAGCUCCAAGCUCAGUGAUCCUCAUAGUACUCAGUAUUUAUUGUAAAUUGACGACUUUGUUAGGAAAUGAAACAUGUUUUUGCUUCAUAGUGUUACUAUUAAGAAAAACGAUUAAAACGCUUCAAAGAAA